UUUAGGCCCCUACAGUGCUAGACUGCUCACACCGGGAGGGAGAUCCUGGUUCAGGCGGCCAUGUUGUGGCACUCUCAUGCACAUAGGGAGCCAUGUGACUUUCUAUAAAGCUAUAGAAAGUAGAAUGCAACCAUUUUUGGCCACAGUUGAUGCUAUUUUUGUUUUAUUUAUUUAAUCUGAAAUAUAAAUGUGAAUAUUUGGAUUCAACUUGGUAUUCAGCAAACCUUUUGUAGAGGAUUUUGUAUCAUGCUGAAUCCAACACUAUAAAUUCUUUGCAUAUUUGUAUAUUUCUUUUAGAAAAGAAUUGGCUCCCAAGGCCCAAGACAGAAAUAUAAAAGGAGUCAUUUACAUCCUCAGUGUACAAAAUGCACAUUUCAGACCCAACUGUUGUGUUUAUUACCCACAAUGCCUCAUUUUCCCCAUAAUUCCAGCACCACUGCGUCCAAAAAAUGCAGGGCCUGUAGCAAUUACAGUCAACUAAAUCUGCACACUUGCCACCCAAACUGUGUCAUCCUUUGGCGAUUACCUUCAAAACGAUGUUUGCCCAAUUCUUUUAAGUGCAAGUUCACUAUGGCAACUGACCAAGUGGCAACCAUGGGACUACCCCCAACUUCAAGGUGGUGGUAGCUCCAGGGUUCCCCUGGAAUUCACUAUGCUCAAUUAGUAACAGAUAGAAGGAUGGGCAGUUGUGCAACUGACUGUGAUAACUUUUUUGUUCUUGUGCAAUUUAGUUAACGACCCCUUAAAUUUUUCCCCAAGAAAAUGCCCCUAAAAAAUUGCAUAAAAAACUGCUAAUUACUCUAAUAAUUAAAAAGUAACUGAAUAAAGAUUAAAAUUUAAGUUGUACACUCAUAGUACCCGUACUAACCACAAACAGCUCUGGGCUUUGCUGUAAGCGGCAACACACUAAAUAAGCAAAUAGCCGAAAAUCACAUUUCUACCUUGUGCUUCUUGGGUAUACAAAGGAUUAUAUAAAAGCACCUUGUGCUCCUUUAGAAUUUAGAGAAAUAUCUGCACAAGCGAAAUCUCCACCGAGAUGGCUGUAGAAAUAUUUCAAGACAAGGAAUUCUCUGAAACUUACCAAGCUGGCAUGAUAACAGAAUCUUCAAAAGUUUUGAAUGUGGUUAUGUCGUAUUUGGAAGAAAAGAAAGGGAAGCCAUUUGAGCUGGCAGUUGAUGUUGGCUGUGGAACAGGGAGGUCCACACAGGCUCUGGCUCCACAUUUUCAGAAAGUGAUUGGAAUAGAUAUAAGUGACUCUCAAUUAUGUGUGGCCAGAAGAUUUAAUUCACAUGAAAACAUCUCUUACCAGAUUGCCCAAGCCGAAGAACUCCCUCUGGAAGAUGCUUCAGUGGAUCUGAUUAAUGCGGGCCUUGCUGCCCAUUGGUUCAAUCCAGAGAAAUUUGUACAGGAAGCAGCUCGAGUUCUUAAAAAUGGAGGCUGUUUGGCCUUAAAUUCUUUCGCAUUGGUAUUUGAGAUUCAGUAUAAGGACAAGUCAAAGGAACUAACUGCUGUCUUUAACGAGGCUUGUGAAACUCUUUGGGAAAUUGAUAAGAAAGUUGCUGAUAAAAUAAAGGCUAUGUAUCCGGAAUUAUUCAGAGCCUUACCAUUUACAGAUAAGCAGAGGAUCAGGGACAUCCAUGAUGUAUUUCCAUUAACAGUCUCCAAAAUACUGAGUUUCUUUAAGUCAAUGUAUGUGUACAGGGACUUCCUACAGCAAGACAAAGAUAAGGCCACAGCAUUUCUACAAGACUUAGAAAAAAAGUUUUUUGACAUUUUGGGUGAAUCCGCUUCUAAUGUUCUUCUAGAAUUUCAUGCAUAUUAUUUCUGCCUUCUUGCCUCCAAGCCUUGAACUGCCUCGAACUGUCAAACCAGCAACAUUGAAAGACUUAUUAUUAGCAAUAUUUACAGCCUCUCCACUAUGUAUCAGAACUGUGUCCACUUCAGUUCUCUUUGUUGAAAACUAAACAUAAAAACCUCUGACUCUAAGCAAUAUACCAGAUAAAGGUAUCAGAUCAUUAACUGGAUUAGUAUCCUUGGUUUUAUCUAAUAUUCUUGGGGUAAUGGCAGUAAGAUUUGAAAAGUAAAGGGAGCCAGUUUGCUGUGAUUAAGCCAGAUUGCCCUGAGCAAUAGGUUUUACUUGCAGCAAUUGCAGUGUUAGCCCGCAGUUUGUCCCUCACAUGUGCCCCAUAAAUCUUAAAAUGUGCCAUGACCCUUAAAGGCAUUUCUACUUUUUAUUUUUUCCGUUCUUUUGGCUGUUUUGUUAAAAUAAGCAAAAAUAAACAUUUAAAUAAAAAAAAAUUUAACCAAAGUUCAUCCAUUCAUCAAACAUUUAACAAAAAAUUUUUUAACCAAAGUUCAUCCAACAACUGAUACAUUUGAGAAUACUGUAAAUGAAAAGAAUGCAAAAUCACUGGGUAGCAAGUAGUAGACAAGAUUUAGUGCAGAUAAAAUUGAGAUUAUGAACCAUAGCUGCAGUAACAAGUACACUACAUACUGAGUAAAUGGAUAAAUGUAGACAAUGGAAAAUAAUGUAGAAACAGCUCAUAGAUUAACUGCCACUACUAGAAAAGAAGUCCUAAAGGGUAGCUCUAGAUAAUGUCUGGCAGUUGCUGCUGAAUAAAAUAAUGGAACCACAUUACCUACCAGCAUUCAUAGCCUGAGAAGCAGAGCAAGGGCAGUGAGCGUUGGAGCCCAAGGCAAGGUUGUCAUUCGCCAAGUGAAGGCCCAGUGAAUAUGGUACACCAGAGGAAUGUUUUUUAAAGCAUGAAUGCAAUUGUAGACUUACUUUUUCGUAUUGAUGUAGAAAAGCCAGCAUAAAAAAAACCUGCAAACCUCUAAAA